AAUAUUGUCAGAAAGAAGUUGCUACUUAGCCACUUAGCCACCAUCAAUUCCCGCAAAAUCCUAACGCGGUAAAUCCCUCCUCCGCAUCAAAAGUUCGCGCGAAUUUUCCGAUCAAUCUCCGGCGAUAAUUUUGGUUCGAAUCGUCGAAGGCGACGAGUAGUGAAUGAUUAGCAGAGUCGGCGCGCAUACUCUGAUCCGAUCAUCAUGACAAUCUCGUGCUCCGAUUGCUUCUCCGACCUUCUCUGUCGUGAGGACUCCGACGUCGUAAUCACCGGAGACGGUGAGAACUUGCCGGAAUGCUCCAAUUCGGAAUAUGAAUCUCUUCCUCCUACGGCGGAGCUCGAUGAAUCCAUCGCCGGCCUGAUCGAGAACGAGCAGAAUUUCGUCCCCGGGAUCGACUACGCCGAGCGGUUGCAAUCUCAGCCGAUCGACGCCGCCGCGAGAGAAGAUGCGAUUGCUUGGAUUCUCAAGGUUCACCGUUAUUACGGCUUCCAGCCACUCACGGCGUAUCUCGCCGUCAAUUACUUUGACCGUUUCCUCUACCAACAUCGUUUGCCGCAAACCAAGGGAUGGGCUAUUCAAUUGUUGUCCGUUGCUUGCUUAUCUUUGGCUGCUAAGAUGGAGGAACCUCUAGUUCCCCUGCUUUUAGACCUUCAGGUUGACAGUGAAAAAUACAUAUUUGAAGCGAAGGCAGUCCGUAGAAUGGAGCUUCUUGUGCUGAGUGUAUUGGAUUGGAGGCUACGAUCAAUUACACCCUUUAGCUUUCUUGACUUCUUCGCCUGCAAAAUUGAUUCAAUUGGGACUUUUAAACGCUCCCUUAUCUCAAGGGCCACAACCAUUAUUUUAUCAAAUAUCCAAGAGGCAUGCUUGGUGGAGUACAGGCCAUCAUGCAUAGCUGCAGCGGCCACCCUUUGUGCAGCCAAUGACUUGCCAGAUUUCUCUAGUGUCAACGCUGAACAUGCUGUGUCUUGGUGCCAUGGACUUCCCAAAGAAAAUAUCAUCAGCUGCUACCAAUUAAUGCAAAAAUGCGCCAUUGACAUUAGGCCAAGGAGAUUCCCGAAGGUGUUACCAAAGGUCAGAGUCAUGGCUCGUGCCAGUGUUGCGUGCAGUGACUUGUCAUCUUCGCCGUCAUUUUCAACGUAUGAUAAACGGAGAAAAUUGGGUGACAGUUUGUGGACAAAUGACGAUAGAGAAAGUCAUUCGGAAUAAGAAGGGGUAACAACAAACAGAAAAAAGUAAAAUUGGACUUAAGGUCUACAAUCCUAAAUACUCUUUUUAGUUGGGGUGGGGGGUGGGUGGGUUGGUUUUGAUGAUAGAAGUUGACAAGAGUGAUAAUGUAGAUUACUAAGUAGUGGCCGGUAUACAUAUAUAAUAAUGGGGAGUAUUUACAGUAUCCUAUGAAAGGUACAAUGCUAAGUAGGAUUUUUAUUUUUAAUUUAUGUACAGCGAGGUGCUGUACAGUGUCAAUUUUUUUUAAUAUAAUAAUAUAAUAAGUGUUUAUUUGGAUUUCUUUUAAUGGUGUGCAGAUUCCCGAGGGGAGGGGGUUGGUACAUAGUGUUAUUUUUGUGUGAGAAAAGUGGAAGGGAAGAUUGUUUUAUUUAUUUAAUAAUAAUAAUAAUAUAUGAAGCCACUAUACAUUAUUACUAGUGGAGAGUGAUGGAGUGUGUGAAGUGGGAAAUUGAAGUGAUUGAUGAGUUGAAUUCAAAGGGAGCAUUGAUUGUUGAAUGAAGGUAGGAAAUUAAGGAGGAGAAGGUGGGGACCGGUUGUGAAAAACCAAUUCAAUGGAGAAAUGGUGAAAUGGUGAUGAGAAAAUCAAUAUAGUUUGGCAAUAUCAAAUCAUGAAUUGAUUCACAUCUUGAAGUUUGAUUUUUUUGAAGAUUGAAUCAAUCAUGGCUGCUAGCUCCAUCUUCAUCAACGCUCAACUUCUCGGUAAGAUUCGUUCACAGACUAUUCAUUCUGUACAUCCUAAUCGUCCUCGACUUCUCUCGAACACGUGACAGCCAUAAAAUAAGAGAUAAUCCGUUGUUGGUGACGGUUUUUAUCAGGAAAAUAUCCCCUUUUUCUCCUUUGUCCUAACCAUAUAGGGAUAUACCGGAGAUUUUUUUUUUUUUUUGGUUUUUAUUUCAUUUUUCUUUAUUUGAGUGGCUUUCGUACCUUGGAUGGCCUACAUUAGGCCUAAACAUAUGUAUACAGUGGGUCUUUGGGGCCAUUUUUAACGCGUGAUGUAUCUUGAUUUAUGAAAGCAAAUUAUUUUUCGGUUA